AUAUUUGUUGCUCACGAUUUUUUUAUGCUGAAAGAGGAGAUCACGGUCGAUUGUAGCUGUGGUGCUGGUGCUGGUGGGGCUGGUGGAGUAGUGUUAAGGAGUGGAGUCAGUGUCAUCAUAUCUUUGUGGAUGUUAUUGUACUGUUCCUGUUCGUCGCCGUUAUCGGUGUAAUGAAUAUCGUUAUACUUUAUCAAAGAUCAUCGGAGCUUGUCGCUGUAACUUCUGGCUUGUUAUUGUAAUGCGUCACUUAUGAUGUCACGUAAUGUCACAGAUUUUCGGAACAAUCACGUAAUGGUAAUUGCUCAAGACCUUUUGAUGUCUGAGCGGUACAGGAGGUCACGGCCGGUGGUAACAGCGGUGCUGGUGCUGGUAGUGCUGGCGGGUGUCACGCUCGAUACUGAGCCCAGACCAAGUGUGAGUCUUCCCUGUGCUCAGUUGGUUCUCGUCCGUGGUCACGGGAGGAGCUACGUGCCCCUCGCCCCCCCUUUUCCAACUCGGUCGCUCGCUCUCUCGCUUAUCGCUCCGUCCGCUCCAUUCACGGCCUUCCGCGGCGCGGGACGGGUGUAAUGUCUGCAGUGUUUUGAUUGUUGAUCUCAAAAAAACACCGUCGGAUUUUCGGGACAAUCCUAAAAGUUAAAAUCUUGUUCUUUGUUUGCCUCUGCGGUAGAAUGAGAGUCCAGUUUGCUGUUAUUGUGCUUGCCGUACGUCCAGCCUUCCUGGACUGCACUCGAAUAUUCAACAACUUCUCCUUCUCCUCAUCAUCGCUAUCGUCAUCUUCCUUCUCCUCCUCCUCCUCCUUUGAAGGUGAUCUCGGAUGGACAGACCUUUUGCUUAGCCAAUAAAGGGGAGAAAAAAAUAGUGAGAGGAGUGUUAACAAAAUCUGAGAAAGAGUAAUGAGGGAAAGAAAGGGGUGAAUGCGGAGCAAGAGACUAAGAUAGUUUAUAUCUUGCCAACUUGGCCUUUGGAACGAGUGCAAGAAAGACCAGAUCGAGGGAACAAAGAAAAGUGAAAGGAAGAUAAGUGAGGGGAAUAAGAAAACUUGAGACUCCUCGUUCUGCCUUCCUCAGAUCUGUGGCUGCAAGAUAUAAGGCAAAAGGAGGAGAAAGAGCAACUCGAAUUACAACUACCAGCACGCGUGGGUACACAGAACUCCUUUGCUCAGAGUCCUGCGGGUGGCGUGGUGAGGCGCGGCGAGGUCCUCCAAGUAACCAGCAGCAACUUGGACCUUUAGCUACUCCCUGAAGGAGUAGAAAGUGUGUGGCUCUGAGGACGCCGCCACCUUCUCAAGAGCUUCCCUCGUUGAGCCGCUGGCUAUCCCGUCCCUUUUUUGGCAACAGAAGGAAAAGAGAGAGCAGAGGAAACAGACUGAGAGACUGAUUUUUUGACCGUUUUUCGUAUUCUCUUUUAGGGGUGCAAUCAGUCGUUGCUUUUGUGUGUACCAUACACACCACCCCGGAGUAAUCACCGCCGGGAUUCCUUGUGUUGUGAUCGACCGCCGUCUGUCAUCGGUCCCGUAAAAGCAAACUAUUUCAUUUAAGAUGCGCGGGAAGCAUCCGGCCGCUCGAGUAAUAUAAUCCUGUCUAAUUAAGACAAAUUAGGCCGGAAGCCUCUCCAAAGCCGCCUUAUUGAUCGCUGCUGCGGCGGAAACUUGACCGGAAAAAGGUUUUGUUGUCGGAAGAGUGAGGGAACGGACAACGCGAAACCCGUGUUUUUGCGUGGGCGCGUCGGGAAUCAGUGGACGGGGCGGCACACAAUACACAAAGGAGAGGAAUCAAUCCGUAACUCGUUAGGGACCGGCUUUAGGUCCCGCUAUUGGCACGUCACACGCCCUGGCUCGUGGCCUCGGCAAUAUAUCACCUCCACUUAUUGCCCGACACCCCUGCCUUGACACUAUCUGAAAGAGAAACAAAGUGGACAUCAAUACAGCUCAUCCCCGAGACGAUCCUCCCUCCACCACCACCACUGCCGGCAUCACCCACCAUCAACACCUCCACCUCAAACACUUAAGUGUGUUCCGCGGAUCCAGCUGAGGGAAAUCAGUGUAUACUAAUCAUCUCGUUCUCGACACCCCCGCGCACACACACGCACACAAAUAUUCUACAGACUCAGGCGGGGAACAUCAGCCAUUAUAUACGCUAUCUUGCUCGUGUCUCUCCCAAGGCAGAGCAUAAAUCUGGCUCACGUCCGAAGCAAUAUGGAUGACGAGCCCUCGCGCCUCCAACCCCGCACGUAAAGAACUUGUCCGUAUCUGUGAGGGUCUGUGAGUGCUUCCGCGACGUGUGCGACGUGUAACAGACGCACUCACUCAAGGUGGAGAGAAAUAGGAAAAUAGAGACAGGUAGUGAAGAAAGAGACGUGAAAGCGUGUGUUAGCGCCUCACCUGUGUUGUAUUUGGGGGCGUGUUCCUGUGCAUCGCCAUCCGUUCACCGCCGCCACUACCAUCACCACCACCACCAACAAGAAUAACAACAACCACAACAACCACAAUGCUGCCCUCGCCAGCACGCCUUCUCGCCCUCGCCUGCUGCCUCGGCGUCACCCUCACCCCCGCCGUAGCUUAUCGUAAAGGCGUGUGGCGGCGCGUGGAGGCCGUGGCAGGGCGCGAGGCGGUGCUGCCCUGCGAGGUGGGUAACGUCGAGGCGUCAGACAUGGUGUACGUGGUGCUGUGGUACAGGAACGGCGACAAGGAGCCCAUUUACAGCUACGACAACCGGCCAGGCCGCCUGCAGGCCGCCGAGGAGCGCCACCUGGUCAAGAGUCGCCUGCUGCAGGGCCGCGCCACCUUCCGGCCGGGCCACCUGCCGGCGCUGCACAUCAAGCCGGUGGGGAGCAGCGACCAGGCCAACUAUACCUGCAGGGUAGACUUCCGGAUAGCCACGUCGCGGCGCACACACCUGAGUCUUCACGUGGUGGUGCCGCCGGAGCCGCCCGUCCUGAGGGCCGGAGGUCAGCGGGCGACGGAUGGGGUGCUGGGGCCGCUGCAGGAGGGUGGCGCCUUGGAGAUCACCUGCAGCGUGGCGGGUGGCGACCCUCCGCCCUCCGUCGUGUGGAGGCGGGACGGGGAGGUCCUGGACUCCACGUCGGAGUCGCGGUCCCCGGCACUCACGGUCAACCAGCUCAGCAUCCUGCGGCUCACGCGGGUCUACCACAACGCCAGACUAACCUGCCUCGCCUCCAACAACAACGUCACCAGCUCCGCCAGAGCCUCCGUCACCGUCAAGAUGAACCUGCGGCCCCUGGUAACGAGGAUAGAGGCCCCGCCCAAGUGGCUUCGGGUGGGCCGCGAGAUCGAGAUCUCGUGCGUCGUGGCGGGCAGCAGACCACACCCCAACGUGACCUGGACACUCGGCACGCUCACCAGCCUCACGCCCCUGCCGGCCAAGACGGAGCACGGGGUCAACGUGAGCACUUCAUGCGUCAAGGUGGUCGCCUCCCGCCGCCACCACGGCCAGCGCCUCACCUGCACCGCCGUCAACCCGCUCUUCCCCGGCGCCAGACUCUCCGACUCCACGCUGCUCAACGUCACCUACCCACCCGUGGCCACGAUGGAGCUUGGUCGCGGCGUGUCCUCGAUCGUGAAGGAGGGCGAGGACGUCUACUUCAACUGUAAUGUGGAUUCCAACCCGCCGACCUACAAGAUUUCGUGGUUCAGGAGAAGCCAGGCCAUCCUGCAUCGCCCCGCACAAGGCAUCCUGCUCAGCGGCAACAGUCUGGCCCUGCGCGGCAUCACCAGGCACCAGGCGGGGCCCUACACUUGCUCCGCCUCCAACGUCGAGGGGGACGCCCACAGCCCCCCGCUCACCCUCCACGUCAACUAUGCCCCGGUGUGCGCGGCGGGCGGGGCGGGGCAGGUGCUGGCGGCGGGGCUGGGGCAGCAGGUGAACGUGACCUGCCAGGUGGAAGCGGCACCGUCCGCGGUGAGGUACUCCUGGGUGUUCAACAGUUCGCUCACCUCACACCGGCUGCCCGGCGACCAGGUCUUCAUCACGCCAGACGGAGGCAGCGCCGUGCAGUUCGUGGCCCGCACCCACCAGGACUACGGGACGUUGCAGUGCUGGGCCCAGAACCACGUGGGCAAGAUGACCCAGCCCUGCCUCUUCCACGUGGUGCCCGCAGGUCGCCCGGAGCAGCCUGCGCGGUGCCUUGUGGUGAACAAGACCUAUAACUCACUGGCGGUGGAAUGCACGCCUGGGUUUGACGGUGGCCUGCAGCAAGUCUUCAUUGCCAAGGUGUUCGAGGCGGUGACCGGCCGGGGACAGGUAAAUGUGACCUCCGAGUUUCCGACCUUCACCCUGGAGGGCCUCACACCUGGCCUCGACUACAUCAUCCAGGUGACGGCGAGGAACAAGCUGGGCAGCUCCGACCCCGUGAAGCUGGAGGCGCUCACCUACAAGAUGGCCGAGAACAGGAUGAGGGACGAGCAGGGUAGUGAAAGCGGCGGCGGCGGCCCUGGUGGCGGGCUGCUGCUGGUGAGCCUGCUGGUGGCGGCCGCUGUGGUGACGGUGGCAGCGGCGGCGGGCCUGGCUGGGCGCUGCCUCUGGGCGCGGCGGCACGACAGAGAUCCUAUUACCGGUGAAAACAGGAGCACAAAAGGCUACUUGGCGCCGCCUGAGAGGCGCAGUGAGCGGCUUUCAGGUGCGGAUGCAACAGAUGAUGACAAUGUCCACUUCGAGGUUCCAACGAUCAGCCUUGAGGCGCACCGCGAGCCCAGAACGGAAGGCAAGAGCCCAUGGAACAGUGGGAGUUUUGCCUUAAGUCAACCACAAAAUCCUCCCGUAUGAACGCAGUCUAAACAUAUAUAAAGCAUGGCAGAAAACUCUCACAUUCUGCAUGCCAUAUUCAAUCUGAUUCGAGACACACUUCGCUCCAACAUAACAAGCAGCCGUUGGUAUCCACUGGAAAUAAAGGCACA